AUGCCGUACGUGGUAGUGGAAACGACGGAUACUCUUGGCAAUAACGAGCUGCUCGCUGCACCGGAAAGCUGGAUCCAGCAGGGAGAAGAUGGGAAACAAUAUCUCUGUUGGCCCAAUGUGAGAAACAUUACCACAUUGAAUGCACUACUGCAGAAUGACUGUAGCGUACCGUCACUGAUGUGGGAAAAACAUGAAUGCAUGAUCAUACGUCAUAAUAUUUUGUCGCUCGCAUUGGCAAGUAAGGCAAUAGAAGGUAUUCAAAGGCAUAGCGAAAAGUUAACCAACCCCGCUAAACGAGUCGCCCCCAAAAGUCCCGAUGCUGAUGAGAAUCCAAAGCGUAACUAUGCACCAGGUAAAAAUGUACGCGAGAGGUAUUUAACCGGACAAAACAAGGAUUACAACUACGCUCAGGAAGUUUUAUACGAAUCAAAACCGGACAUUUCAUCUGAUCCCCUGGAAGAAACUAGGACGAGCUCUAACGUUUUUCAGAUGUUUAAUGAGCUCAAGAGUCUCAUUGAUUCUAAUCAGGAAGAGAUGACGAAAAAAAUGAAUGAAGGGUUUUUUCGUAUACAGAAAACCAUGGUCGCCAUGAUGCAUAAACGAACGGGUCAACCAGUGCCGACAUCAGCUACCGGAACACUUAACGCAACAUCACAAAGCUUUGCUUCAACGACCUUCAACAUGAAAGUUUUGAAAACCUUGGAAGAAAUGAAUAAUUUUGAAGAACAACUGAAAGACGAUGAUUAUCGAAAGCAAGUGCGACAUUGGGUAGACAGCGUCGUAUCCUAUGAGCGUAAUCCAGAAUGUCGCAUGAUGGAAAUACUAGACUUGCUAUUCGAUCGGCACUUGUUGCCAAACUUUAGCUGGACCGGUGCUAGUACCAAAGGCGUGAAGAAACACGCAUUCGGAGAGUACAAAAAUAUUAUUCUGCUGUUUGCCUAUGUAGGCACUACUAGCUUGCACCGCGCAGAUAAGAAAUUUGUGGCCAAUUUUUUUAUGAAAAAGCUUAGACAUGCAUCUGUCCGAGCAGUUGGACUAAAAGGCAUGCGAAGAUGCGUUCCACAUACGCCAGCACCGAGGUCAAUUAAAAAUAGAAUGGGAGUGAAAAACAUCAACACAGUCGCCAGCAGUUCGAAAUAUGUUAAGCUAAGUAAGGUGGAAUACGAGAAUGCAGAAAGAAUCGACGAUUCUGAUGAAAACAAUGUAGAGUAUACAAUUAGUACAGUUGAACCGCAACAAGCAGUUGUGGAUCACCAGUAUACAGGCUAUAAAAGGCUAAAAAUCGAUGCUAUGAACGAUCUGCAACCAACGCUAUGCAUGAGUGCAGAAGAUGAAUCCGAAUAA